UUCCUGUCACACAUCACCUCCAGCAUCCAGGGGCUCACCACUAUCCACGCUUACGACAAGGGAGCAGAGUUCCUGCACAGCUCACAGGCCUCUUCCAGUUCACUGUGCGGCUAGCCUCAGAGACAGAGGCGCGAUUCACUUCUGUGGAGAGAAUAAACCAUUAUAUAAAGUCUCUAGCUCUGGAGGCUCCAGCCCGCAUUAAGAACAAGGCUCCCCCUAAGGGCUGGCCCCACGAAGGGGAGAUUGUUUUUGACAACACCGAGAUGAGGUACCGAGAGAAUCUGCCCCUGGUUCUCAAGAAGGUGUCCUUCACCAUCAGGGCCAAGGAGAAGAUCGGCAUUGUGGGACGCACAGGCUCAGGGAAGUCUUCUCUGGGUGUGGUUCUGUUCCGGCUGGUGGAGCCCUGUGGCGGAUCCAUUAAGAUCGACGGGGUGAACAUCAAUGAGAUCGGGCUGGCAGACCUGCGCAGUAAGCUCUCCAUCAUCCCCCAGGAGCCUGUGCUGUUCAGUGGCACUGUCAGGUCAAACCUGGAUCCCUUCAAACAGUACAAUGAGGAGCAGGUCUGGGAUGCCCUGGAGAGGACUCACAUGAAGGAGUGUAUUGCUCAGCUGCCCCUGAAGCUGGAAUCGGAGGUGGUGGAGAACGGGGAGAAUUUCUCGGUGGGAGAGAGGCAGCUGCUGUCCGUGGCUCGCGCUCUGCUGCGCUGCUGCAAGAUUUUGAUCCUGGACGAGGCCACAGCGGCUAUGGACUCUGAGACGGACUCUCUGAUCCAGGAGACGAUCCGCGAGGCGUUCGAGGACUGCACCACGCUGACAAUCGCCCACCGCAUGCAGACCGUGCUGAGCUGUGACCGCAUCAUGGUGCUCAACCAGGGAGAGGUUGUGGAAUUUGACGAGCCCUCCAACCUUCUAGCCAAUGAAAACUCUCGAUUCUGCGCCAUGUUGGCUGCUGUGGAAAACAAGAUCACAGUGAGGGGCUGAAGGGCAUGACCCCAGUGGAGCAGAAACGCGACGAAAGGAGAAGGACCCUAUGUACCCGGGAGUGGAAACCUUUCUCUUGCCAGUAGAGCGGAUUCCUGUCCCUGAGACUCUGCACAGCCUUGGCAUGCCCUCCUGUUAGCCCCGGCGAAAGGGCGGGUGUGUUGCACUGUGUUUUGGAGGAGGGACCCCCAAGUCUCGUCAUGACACAGACUCCUGUUUAUAGAGCAAGCUGUUUUUCUUCUACGUUAAUACUAAAUGCACUCCUAUAAAUAAUGUGGUUCAGGGAACCAUAGAUAUAAAAAAUUAUAAUCCAUGUAUCUAUAGAUACACACAAUGUGUGUGUAUAUAUAUUUAUAUAUAUUACUGUGAUAAUGUAAUUUUAUUUUGUACUUUUUCAUUUGGGUACUGUGUUUUCACAGUGUUGACUUUUUACCAUGUAGUUGUACAGAAAUGUGUUUCCUAUAAGGCUGUGAGAGGCAGGUUUUAUGCCCUGCUGGACAGUCUUUUCAUUUUCGUAGCCCAUGGCUUCGUACCGUGCUUCUGAAAUAUUACUGUCUGUCAUCAUGCUGUUUCGAAUGUCCAUCACAUGUCAGGGGGGAGUGCUGUUUAAAUGUUUCCCGUGCUGCAGGCACUUGCCUUGUUUCUGGAAUGGUCAGACAGCCAGUGGGAGUUAUCACCCAGGAGAGUCAGCUGACCUGGGGAAAGGUUUAAAGAACUCUGUUUUAUUUUAUUUUUAAAUCCUGGCUUGCAGUCAGGUUCCUGCUCAGAGGAGAUAUUUCAUCACAUUCCCUGACUCGAGUGGCAUUUCGGGGGCAGUUUUGCUGUGGAGCCUUGUACAGUUAUCUAAUCAAGUGGCAUUUCGGGUGUGAUUUUGCUGGUUCUUUGCUGUGGAGCCUUGUGCAGUUAUCUAAUCUGUUUUGUUUUUGAUGUUUCCACUUUCUUUGGUGCUGAGCAGCUCAUUGUAACCUCAGCAUUGGGUUACAAUGCCAUCUGCUGUUGAUCAGCCUGUCACUGCAUGUCAGGUUCAGGUUUCAAUAUACUGUAUUAGCCAGUCAGGACCGCUCUGCCUCUUUCCUAACUUAUUGUGGGGCUCGGCUGUACAGCAGUCCAUUAAGUGUGAAGAGAUCUGCCUCAUGUUUGUGGUGUGUUGCCAUGGAAACUCUGACUCAGUUGUGUGGGACCAGCAGACCUCUAAAGGAUUGCUACUAGAAUAGUGAUGGCUUUCUGGGACAGUCUGUGAUGCAAGUUUUAGUUUUUAUUUGACUUCAGUUUACAUAUUUUUGAUAGCCUUAGCAUGACUGCGUACAUGCCUUGUAGAGGGGAAGGUGGGGACAAGGGACAGAGUAAAUCUAUAAAAUGUUUAAUAAAACUAUUUUUGAGUUUA